ACACACACACACACACACACACACAGCCGUUGCAAAUUGCAAAUUGCAAAUUGCGUGCCUCGUGAAAGUGCGCAACCACCACUUUGUUGCUGUCCUCCGCGAGUCCUUGCGCACUCCACCACCAUCAGCGCACCCACACCAAGCAAGCAACCACGUUGCUUCACUUCUUGCUUUGAUCAGGUAGCGCCGACAAACCACACCCCCCCCGCCUCUUCCCUGCUCGCUUGCUUGCUUGUUGUUGUGUUGUGGCCGUUCCAUUUGCCGCUGGCCCUCUUGUAUGCGUCCUCUUUGAUUGAAUUGCCAGUCACGAACCGAACCAGAGGUCAAUGUGGAUGAAACAAGUGAGAACGCACAUGUCCCUGUCCUCUGCUUCGCCUCUUGUUGCAACACACGAUAACAACGCACCACUCGCCUCGCGUGCACGCACACGUACACUUUGAAACGAAGAAGGGAACCACAGACGACCAAACAUGGUGUUCUCGUACCACUCGCACAGCGGGCAGUUCUGCAAGCAUGCGGCAGAGACGCUUGAGGCGAACGUGCUCGCAGCCAUCGAGCUGGGCUUCACCCACCUCGGCCUUUCCGAGCAUAUGCCUCGCUACUGUGACGAGCACUUGUACCCCGAAGAGAAGGAGCUGGGCAUGACACCCGCCGAUCUGGAGCAGCAGUUCGACGCCUACGUGCAGGAAGCACGCCGCGUCAAGGCAAAGUACGCCGACAAGAUCCACCUCGUCAUCGGCUUUGAGACGGAGAUGUGCCGCCCAGAGUCCGUGGCAGAUGCACUGCACCUGAUGCAGAAGUACUCGCUCAGCUACUGCGUGGGCUCCGUGCACCACGUCAAUGGCGUUCCCAUCGACUUUGAUGAGCCAACCAUUGCACGCGUGGAGAAACAGCUCGGCUCCACGGAGGCGCUCUUCGUGCGCUACUUCGAGCUCGUCAAGGAGAUGAUUGAGGGCAUCAAGCCUGCUGUCGUCGGCCACUUUGACCUCAUUCGUCUGCUGCGACCACAGCAGCCGCUCACGGAGCGCAUCUUGGCUGCUGCCGAUGCCGCCAUCAACGCCGCCGUCAAACACAACUGCCUGUUUGAGAUUAACACUGCAGCGCUUCGCAAGGGCCUCCAGGGGCCUUACCCACACGCCGACCUCGCCCUUCGCAUUGCGCAGCGCGGAGCCCGCUUCACCAUCAGCGGCGACAGCCACUGCCCCGACUUUGUGGCCACGUGCUAUGCCGCGCUCCCCGCGUAUCUGGACGCCCUCGGCGUGGACGCCAUCUGGUACCUUGAGGCCGACGAAGGCAAGCCCGCCCUGGCACACCUGUGCACGGACUGGCGGCGCUGGUUCGACACACACUGCCAGCAGCAAGACGGCAAGGAAGGGCACGUGGUGGCAACGGACAACACCGGGCAGACAGCCUCCAAGUGACGCCGGUGCAUGCGAACUCAUGCUGUGUGACGACCUCGUGCAGUCACGAGUGUGCUAUCCAUCUCAUUUGUUUGCCGUAAGCAACCCUGUCGUUCCCCCUCCCUCCUUCCUCUCUUUGCGAUGUGUGCCCCUUCCUUGCUUGCCCCCCCCCCCCUCC